AUGUCUCCGGGUUCCCCAGAAAGCAGCCCUGCCCCUGCCAGCCAGCACAGCCGAUCAACAACUGACGAACCAGCACGGCCACCUUCCAAGAGGCAGCGGCAGAAUGAUGCCUGCAGUACAGCCCCGCAGAGACGUCAAGCAGCGUGCCAGCCUUGUCGGCUUCGCAAGAUUAAGUGUGAUAAGAAGCGACCUGCCUGCACCAUAUGUGACGCUGGUGGCCACAAUUGCAAGUACUUGGAAGAAGGGGCUGAGAAGUUAACCCUCGAAACUGUGACGACUACACUUCUGCAGAAGUUCGAAUAUCUCAGUGCUGAACUGGCUAGUCUACGGGACCUUGUAGAAUCUCGAGACCAUGGGCCAGCCCCGUGUGAUCCUCCCCCGCAGAUCAUUCGCCCCGCGGCGGCGUCUGGGCAAACAGCACCAGUGCUCACACCUGCCGUCGAUGCAUCCCAGUCCGCCCAACCCUUGGAGCCAUCACGAGAUUUUUUACAAAUCCCGCAACAUCCUGCUAGUGCAGACACUGUUCUUCGCUGGGAGAUUUUCGAGGACAAAUUUCCUGCCAAUGCUCUGAUAAGCAGCCUUUUCAAGCCCAAUUCAGAUGCGACCGAUGACCUGAUCAUCGCCCCAUCGCGUCUGACACCCUUGGACGAAGAAGCCAUACCAUCCCUUAUUGAUAGAUUUCUUCAAAAUGUGCAUACAAAAAAUCCGAUUCUUGAUGUCGAAGCACUCGUCAAGCAUGGCCGGCGUUGCGCAGAUCAAGGCAUCGGAUGGGACGACCGGUCAUGUUUGGUCCUUCUGGCCUGCGCCCUGGGAUCCAUUGUCAAGCCAUUCGGCAUGCCGCUGCCGAAGACGACAAACGUGUAUUGGGGUACAAAUCAUUCUGUGAGAACGUCCAUCGCGUCCUCUUCGAAGCUAUAUGCCAGAGAGCUACAGAUGGCCGACUCCUGCUUCGCGCUUGCAUGCCGAAGAAUCGGGUCUCUUAAAUACUCCCUCCUUGGCGCUCAGUGCCACUUCUUUGCAGGAGUAUAUCUGAUGUACACACUACGGCCACUGGCAUCCUGGCACUAUUUUCUCCACGCCUCAGUCUUCUUCCAAGUACACGUUCGAAUGACCCACGGCAUUGCUGGCGACUUGGAAGAGGCCCUAAAUGGCCACUCUAACCGAUCGAAUCCUGCAACCAGAAAGUCGAAACGCCUCGAGCAGAGCCUCUACUGGUCUGCAUUCAAGUCCGAGUGCGAGUUUCGCGUCGAGCUGCCUCUGCAACAGUCAGAGAUUAGCCUAGCUGAAUACCCUGACUUGUUCCCAUCACCGCCUUCGCCAAUACCGGAUAACUUGGGUGACGACAGAUCCACCGAUGGUCACACAUCCAUCAACGCGGAAGAAUUAGAGCUCCGUCAGCACGCUGUGCGUCUCUGUAAUGAAGAAGAGAGCUGGUACUACUACCUGACAGAAAUUGCCCUCCGUCGUAUCGGCAACCGCAUAGUCAACACCUUUUUCCGACAAGGGCGAUCAGCUUGGAUCAUGAACCUCAAGCCCUUGCUGCGAAUGGCAAAGGAGUUUGAAGCUCAGGUAUCGUCUUGGUCGGCACACUUGCCACCAGCCAUGCAGAAUUACGAAACUGCCUCCGUCAUUCGCGCGCCCCAGGAGGGAACUUCAAAUCACAUCACACGAGAGCUCAGCUGGGCGGUUGAUAACAGACUAUUGGAGAUGCAGACCUGGCUAUAUCAGCCCUUUCUUUUUUACUUUAUCCAUGUGGCUAGGCCAAACCUACUGCGACGUAUGGAGGCAUCAAGAAGCACAGAGCCCAGUAUUCCCAGUCUACUCAACUCACCUCCAGCUACGGCCGUCGGGACAGAGGGCUUCGAAUCCAUCAACGACAUACCAAAACUUGACGAUGUAGAGGUGGAGAUGCUCAACUCGCUGGUCGCUUCUGGCAUUGAUUGCUGCUUGAAAACAAUUGACGUGCGAUCCAAAGGCCAUCGUCACCAUGGCCUCUGGUACGAUCUGCGUAGCAUCAUGACGGCAUCCUUGAUUCUGUUGGCCAUUAUCAAGAGCGGCCAGGCCGCCUGGAUUCCUGGUGGUGCAGACAUUGUAUGGGGAACCCCCCCAGGGCAGUACUGGCAAGGGAGCCAAGACCCAAUUGGUGGCAAGAUUGGAAAGGUCCUCACACAGUUCGAAUUCUGGGCUGCCGAGUCACCCGACCUAAUCCACUACAGAGACAUCUUGGAGCAUCUUGUACGCGAGAUCCGCGGAAGCUACUCAUGA